AUGAGUUGUAGACAAAGUUCAUCCCACUCCUUUAGGACCCGCAGCAGUGGUGGCGGAGGAGGAAGCCUGAGAGGUUCUGGAGGGGGAAGCUGCAGCACGCGGGUCUCUUCAAGCCGAUUUGGAUCCUCUGGGAUAGGAGGAGGAGGAAGAUUUUCUUCAGGCAGCAGUUAUGGUGGUGGUGGUGGUGGUGGCAGUGGGGGAUACUGUGGCAUGCGCAGUGGAAGCAGCUCCAGUUUUGGGGGUGCCUAUGGCGGUGGUGGUAUAGGGGGCUCCAGCUAUGGAAGUUACUCAAGUAGUGGCUAUGGUGUUUCCAAGGGCUAUGGUGGUGGAUCUGGGGGCUUUAGCAGUGGCUCUUAUGGGGGUUUUGGUGGUGGCAUAGGGGGCUAUGGAGGUGGCAUGGGGAGCAGUAGCAUGGGGAGCUUUGGAGGUGGCAUGGGGGGCUAUGGUGGUAGCGCAGGAGAAGGUGAUGGCCUCUUGAAUGGUGGAGAGAAGGUUACUAUGCAAAACCUCAACGACCGACUGGCUUCCUACCUGAACAAGGUACGUUCCCUGGAGGAAAGCAAUGGUGACCUGGAGGGAAAGAUUCGGAAUUGGUAUGACACCCAUGGUCCACAAUCAGUCAAAAAGAACUAUUCUCACUACUAUAAACUCAUCAAUGACCUCAAGGACCAGAUUCUCAAUGAGACUUUAGACAACAACAAAACCAUCCUGGAUCUUGACAACGUCCGCAUGACACUUGAUGACUUCAGGAUGAAGUAUGAGAUGGAGCAGAACCUAAGACAAGGAGUGGAAGCAGAUUGCAACGGGCUGCGCUCUGUACUAGAUGAUCUGACCUUGCAAAAGGCUGACUUUGAGAUGCAAUAUGAGACUCUCCAGGAUGAGAUGCAAUCUCUCAGGAAAAACCAUGAAGAGGAGAUGAACGGAUUAACUGGGCAGAACAGUGGUGAUGUCAGUGUGGAGAUGAAUGCUGCUCCUGGUGUGGAUCUGACCCAGGUCCUGAAUGAUAUGCGUGAACGCUAUGAGCAGCUUGUUUCCAAGAACCGCAAGGAUAUUGAGGAUCGGUAUGAGACCCAGAUGACUCAAAUAAACCAAGAAGUGACAACUAGCAGCCAACAGAUAGAGACCAGCAACAAGGAGUUAACUGAAACCCGACACAACUUCCAGAGCCUGGAGAUAGAGUUACAAUCCCAACUCAGCAUGAAAAAUGCUCUGGAGAAGAAUCUGGAGGAUCUGAAGGGGCAGUAUUGUAGCCAGCUGGCCCAGAUCCAGGCCCAGAUCAGUGACUUGGAAACGCAGCUGAGUGAAGUCCGAGCAGAGAUAGAAUGUCAGAAUCAGGAGUACAGCAACCUGCUGGAUGUUAAGACGCGACUACAGCAGGAAAUUGCUACCUACCGUGACCUGCUGGAGGAAGGACAGCAAGAUGUUGGUUCUGGAUACGGAGGAAAGAGAAGUGGAGGUAGAGGUAGAGGCAGCGGGUAUGGAGGAGGAAGCGGAAGUGGAACCAGUGGAAGUGGAGGUGGAUAUGGCGGAGGAUAUGGUGGUGACAGUGGCAGGGGUAUUGGUGGUGGAAGCGGAAGUGGAACCAGUGGAAGUGGAGGCGGAUAUGGUUGGCAGUGUAGAAAAGGUGGCAGCGGUACGGGCGGAGGAAGCGGAAGUGGAAGUAAAGGUGGCAGCAGUGGAGGAAGCGGAGGUGGAUAUGGUGGUGAUGGUGGCAGCGGAAGCAGAGGCUCUGGAGGUGGCUCUGGAGGCGGCUCUGGAGGUGUCAAGUCCUCCCACUCUGGCGGUGUCAAGUCCUCCCACUCUGGCUCUUCCAUUUUCCAAUCCUAG